UCCAGUGAUCCCGGUCUCCCAGGCCCCGUCUCAGUCUGUAAAGAAGAGGAAGGUCUCUCUACUGUUUGACCACAUGGAGCCGGAUGAGAUGGCUGAACACCUCUCCUACCUGGAGUUCAAAAACUUCUGCAACGUCUCGUUCCUGGACUACCGUAGCUACGUGGUGCGUGGCUCUGUGAGGGACAACCCAUCCUUGGAGCGCAGUGUUAUGAUGUGUAAUGGGGUGUCUCAGUGGGUCCAGCUGAUGAUUCUGAGCAGACACACUGCGCAGCAGAGAGCCCAGGUCUUCACCAAGUUCAUACACGUAGCCCAGAGGCUGCAUGCGUUGCAGAACUUCAACACUCUGAUGGCGGUGACGGGCGGUCUGUGUCACAGCUCAAUCUCUCGUCUAAAGGACACCGCCAGUCUGCUACCCCCUGACGUCACUAAGGCCCUGAGCGAGAUGACAGAGCUGCUGUCGUCCUCCAGUAACUAUAGUAACUACCGCCGGGUGUACAGUGAGUGUUCAGGGUUCAAGGUGCCUAUCCUGGGGGUCCACUUGAAGGACCUGAUCUCCCUGAACGAGGCCCUGCCAGACUACCUGGAGGAGCAGAAGAUUAACCUGGGGAAACUGCAGCAUCUCUACUCUAACAUCUCUGACCUGUUGUCGGUACACUCCUGCUCUCCUCCGUUUGAGGCCAACAAGGAUCUGCUGCAUUUACUCACCGUGAGAUGUCUACUGUAUCUUUAUUUAAAACAAGGCAGUCCCACUGACAUGUCUAUUGUAUCUUUAUUUAAAACAAGGCAGUCCCACAAGAGAGAGAUCAGGUGUUUUAACCACCUGUCAAAACCCCCAGUUGUAGCAGAGUGGGGGUCAGGGGGCAACAAUGACAGUGACAGAGAGGGGGAGAUCAGUCUACAACAGAUCAACUCCUACUUCAUGAGGGGGAUGUCCGUAUGUGCCAAACUAGGAUACAACUUCAAGAACGUUCACAACUUCCACGAGACCACGUACAAGCGACCCACCUUCUGUGACACUUGUGGAGGCUUUCUGUGGGGAGUCAUCAAGCAGGGCUUCCACUGUCGAGACUGUGGGGUAAACUGUCACAGACACUGCCAGGACCUGUGUGGGAUGCAGUGUGUGAAGAGAGACAGGGUGUACGCUGGGUCCUGUCCCUCCACCCCUGCAUCAGCACUCACUCCUGUCCCAGACGUCCUAACGAAGGCGAACAGCUGGA